AACUUGUCCAAACUUGGGUCUAAGCUUAAACCUCAUAAACAAUCGCCACCCUUUCGAUCAAUGGGGAAUUUAUGCCGCAAACCAAAAGACAAUAGACAAAGUAUUGGGUUUGACAACCUGGAAAAUCACACAGGUAACGCAGGUGAUCAUUGGAGUAGUCAGAUGGAUAAAUAUGCUGGUAGACAGACCGUAGAAACAUCUCACCCAGCCAUCCAUAGUGAAGCAGUCAAUUGUCUUGCUAGAAUUCAACCAGGCUUUUGUUUGUCUGGCAGUAAAGAUCAGACUUUGUGUUUAUAUAACUAUUGUACCAACAAACUAGAAGAUAAAUGGACUGGACACGAAAAAGAAGUGACAAAGAUAUGUUAUGGAACAUUUUGCCAAAGCAUAUUCAGUGCCUCAAGAGACAAGUCCAUAAACAUGUGGAAACGUAACACUCCAAAUCCAGUUCAACAAUUCAAGGGUCAUGACCUUGUUGUUACAGCAUUAGAUAUUAACAAAGAUAACACAAUGUUAUGUUCUGGAUCCCGUGAUAAUACAGUUAAGUUAUGGGAUGUAGAGUCAGGAACCAGUCUCACUGAAAAUAACAUUCACAGGAAUCUGGUAACAGAUGUAAAGUUUAUUCCUGAAUCUAACCUUAUAGUUCAGACUGGAGAAGAUAAAGAAGUUAGAUUAUUUGAUACCAGAACAUUAAGUGUGGUUCAUAGUUUCCAACGUAAACAGUACAUACAGACAUGUUGUGAUGUUAGUCCUGAUGGAGUAUACUGUCUGACAUGUAGUAAUGGUUUUGGUGGAAAUGGUUGUGAAGCAACAUUAUGGGAUUUAAGAAGUAGAAGUAUAGUUCAUGAAUAUAAAGGUCACACAGAGGCCAUAGAUAGUUGUGUAUUUUUACCUUACCAUGGUACAAACUUAAUAGCUACAUCAUCAAGAGAUUUCAGUGUCAAAAUAUGGGACAGAGAUUCAAAAGCAUGUGUAUGUGAAUGUGUGAUAAGUGGUUCAGGACCUUUAACCUCAAUAUUAUGUUAUGGUGAACCAUGUAUACUUGUAUCCAGUUUUAACCUUGGUAUUCAGCAUUUAAGAUUUUCAUUACAAAACCAGACAUUGACAAAAGAAGGGAGUUUUUGAUUGGAGCUAAUGACAAUGUGUAAUGAACUGUUUGUAUGUUAUAAAGCAUUUGCAAUCUGCAUGUCAGCGCUAGAAAUGAAACAAAAGGAAUGGUUCUAUGGGUAUUUGUGUCAGAGUAUCAUAUAUUCUGUUAAAUAUCUCUGUAUCUAUGUUUUUUGAAAAGAAUGAAUAUUAAAGCAAUAUGUUUAGAUCAUUCAAAUGCUUGUGGUUGAUUGGUUUGAAUGUUUCAGAUAAGGCUUCCAUUUUUAUACGACCGCAAAAAUUUUUUGCUGUCGUAUAUUGGUAUGACGUUGGCAUCUUCGUCGUAGUCCGAAGACACAUUGGUUUUCGCACUAUAACUUUAGUUUAAGUGAAUGGAUCUCUAUGAAAUUUUACCAUAAGGUUCAAUACCACAAAAGGAAGGUUGGGAUUGAUUUUGGGGGUUAUGGUACCAACAGUAAAGGAAUUAGGGGCCAAAAAGGGGCCAAAAAUAAGCAUUUUUGUAACUUCCAGACAUAACUUGUGUGUUAGUGUAUGGAUCUCUCUGACAUUGUACCACAAGGUUCCAUAUCACAAAAGGAAUGCUGGGAUUGAUUUUGGGGGUGAUUGCUUCAAAAUUUUAGGAAUUGGGGGCCAAAAAAGGGGCAAAAAACAAGCAUUUUCCUAGUUUCAGGACAAUAACUUGUGUGUAAGUGUAUGGAUCUUUCUGAAAUUGUACUACAAGGUUCCAUAUCGCAAAGGGAAAGCUGGGUUUGAGUUUGGGGGUAAUUGCCCCAAAUGUUCAGGAAUUAGGGGCAAAAUAGGGGCCAAAAAACAAGCAUUUUUCUAGUUUCCAGACAAUAACUUGUGUUUAAGUGUAUGGAUCUCUCUGAAAUUGUACUGCAAGGUACCAUACCACAAAGGGAAGGCUGGGAUUGAGUUUGGGGGUGAUGAAUCAUAAGGGGGUUCCAAAAAUUUUGGGGGGGAUUUUUUUUUUUCCUUUUUUUUCUUUUUUUCCUUUUUUUUUUCUUUUAAAAUUUUCCAUUUUAAGUUGGUUAUUUCUGAUUUAUAUUUAAAAGCAAAUAAUAAUGAUAUGGUAGGAGAUACACACCAAACAGGAUGUUUAAAUUAUUAUAUAAUAAGUAUUGUGCAAUAGCAAGAAAUUUUCAAUUGCACAGUAUUGCACAAUAGCAAGAAAUCUUCAAUUGCACAGUAUUGCGCAAUAGCAAGAAAUCUUCAAUUGCACAGUAUUGCACAAUAGCAAGAAAUAUCCAAUAGCACAAUAUUGUGCAAUAGCAAGAAAUUGUCAAUUGUACAGUAUUGCGCAAUAGCAAGAAAUAUUUAAUUGCACAGUAUUGUGCAAAAGAAGAUACUUCAUAUAAAUUGCUUAUUUCUUGACCAAUUUCAAUGGGGUUUUAUUCUUGAAUUCUUGGGGUUCUUUAAUAUGCUGAAUCUAACCGUGUAUUUAGUUUUUGGAUUUUGGGCCCCGUUUUUUAAAUUGGUCCACAUUGAGGUCCAAAGGGUCCAAAAUUAAACUUUGUUUGAUUUCAUCAAAAAUUGAAUUAUUGGGGUUCUUUGAUAUGCCGAAUCUAACCGUGUAUUUAGAUUCUUAAUUUUUGGUUCCGUUUUCAAAUUGGUCCACAUUAAGGUCCAAAGGGUCCAAAAUUAAACUUAGUUUGAUUUUAACAAAAAUUGAAUUCUUAGGGUUCUUUGAUAUGCUGAAACUGAACAUGUAUUUAGAUUUUUGAUUAUGGGCCCAGUUUUCAAGUUGGUCAAAAUCGGGGUCCAAAAUUAAACUUUGUUUGAUUUCAACAAAAAUUGAAUAUAUGGGGUUCUUUGAUAUGCUGAAUCUAACCAUGUAUUUAGAUUUUUGAUUUUUUGCCCCGUUAUCAACUUUGUCCACAUUGAGGUCAAAAGGGUCCAAAAUUAAACUUUGUUUGAUUUCAUCAAAAAUUGAAUUCUUGGGGUUCUUUGAUAUGCUGAAUCUAACCAUGUAUUUAGAUUUUGGAUAUUGGACCAAAAUAGGUGAAUGUCCAAUUUAAAAUUUUUAAGUUCUUAGACCACAUUCAUUCUGUGUCAGAAACCUAUGCUGUGUCAAAUAUUUAAUCACAAUCCAAAUGCAAAGCUGUAUCAAGCUUGAAUGUUGUGUUCAUACUUGCCCCAACUGUUCAGGGUUCGACCUCUGCGGUCGUAUCAAGCUGCGCCCUGCGGAGCAUUUUAUUAAUUUUGGGUCCAGUUUUCAAAUUGGUCUACAUUAAGGUCCAAAGGGUCCAAUAUUAAACUUAGUUUGAUUUUAACAAAAAAUGAAUAUAUGGGGUUCUUUGAUAUGCUGAAUCUAAACAUGUAUUUAGAUUUUUGAUUUUGGGCCCAGUUUUCAAGUUGGUCCAAAUUGGGGUCCAAAAUUAAACUUUGUUUGAUUUCAACAAAAAUUGAAUAUAUGGGAUUCUUUGAUAUGCUGAAUCUAACCAUGUACUUUGAUUUUUUAUUUGUGGGCCCCGCUAUCAAAUUGGUUCAUAUUGAGGUCAAAAGGGUCCAAAAUUAAACUUUGUUUGAUUUCAUCAAAAAUUGAAUUAUUGGGGUUCUUUGAUAUGCCAAAUCUAACCGUGUAUUUAGAUUUUUAAUUUUGGGUCCCGUUAUUUAAAUUGGUCCACAUUAAGGUCCAAAGUGUCCAAAAUUAAACUUAGUUUGAUUUUAACAAAAAUUGAAUUCUUGGGGUUCUUUGAUAUGCUGAAUCUAAACAUGUGUUUAGAUUUUUUAUUAUGGGCCCAGUUUUCAAGUUGGUCCAAGUUGGGGUCCAAAAUUAAACUUUGUUUGAUUUCAACAAUAAUUGAAUAUAUGGGGUUCUUUGAUAUGCUGAAUCUAACCAUGUAUUUUGAUUUUUGGGCCCCGUUAUCAAAUUGGUCCACAUUGAGGUCAAAAGGGUCCAAAAAUUAAACUUUGUUUGAUUUCAUCAAAAAUUGAAUUCUUUGGAUUCUUUGAUAUGCUGAAUCUAACCAUGUAUUUAGAUUUUGGAUAUUGGACCAUAAUAAGUAAAUUAAAAAUUUUAAGUUCUUAGACCACAUUCAUUCUGUGUCAGAAACCUAUGCUGUGUCAAAUAUUUAAUCACAAUCCAAAUUCAGAGCUGUAUCAAGCUUGAAUGUUGUGUCCAUACUUGCCCCAACUGUUCAGGGUUCGACCUCUGCGGUCGUAUCAAGCUGUGCCCAGCAGAGCAUUUUAUUGUUUUUGCUACAGUGUAUUUUAUGAAGAAAUGUUGCCCUUUCACCCCCACCACAUCACUCCAAUGAACUCAAUAUGUAAAUUUUUCAAUUAUUAGGGAAGUUUUCAUAAAAUUGAUCCAUCCAAUUGUCUUGUUCUAUAUUGUUUUAUUGGGCUUUCCUCUGUUCAAAAUAAUUCUUUUUAAAAUAAUUCUAUUUGCAUGAACUAAAUAACAAGUGUUGACAUUAAUGUGCAAUUAAAGCUAAUUUAGUGGUUGUAAAGGGUUGUUUUUGUUGAGUGUGAUUUCCCUGUUUUUAUUUCCCAGUGUUUUUUUUUUGCUUAAAGAUUUAUCAUCUGUGUUUAGCAUAAACACUUGGUUUUACCUAAGUAUUGAUUUCUUUUUCUAGAGAAAUCACCUUAUUAUUUUCUUUUCUUUCAUUCACUUUUGCCAACUCUCCCUUUUA